CCAAGUGCUCGAAAAAAUUGAAUUUCAUAGCGAGACACUCAAUUCCUGCAACGCGUAGUCCAAAAACCGGAUUACCCAGCUAUCCACCAAAGUACACUUGAGUUCCAAACUCGACGUCAAGACCACCCCAAAACAACUCCACAAAUCUUCAUCAUGGCUGUCCACCCCGUUGUGUUAUGGGCCCAGCGCUCCAGCGAAAGCGAGCCCGCGAAAAACGUCGUUUACUUGACCAUCCAGGUGCAAGACCCCGUGGACGUGAAGUUGGACUUGUCUGCCACUUCGCUCAAGUUCACCGCCCAGUCGUCGGACAAGGCCACCGACUACGAGUUGAACUUGGACUUUUUCGACGAGAUCGACCCAGAAAACUCGUACAAGCACGAGAGCGGUAGCCACAUACUGUACGUCUUGCGCAAGAAGACCGCACAGGCCGAGUUCUGGCCCCGUCUUUUGAAGGAGAAGUUGAAGUUGCACUACAUCAAGACGGAUUUCGACAAGUGGGUCGAUGAGGACGAGCAGGACGAGCAGGCCGAGGAGGAGGACCCAAUGGCUGCCAUGGGCGGCAUGGGCGGUAUGCCCGGCAUGGAGGGCAUGGGUGGUAUGCCUGGCAUGGGUGGUAUGCCUGGCAUGGGCGGUAUGCCUGGCAUGGGCGGCCCUGGCGGCAUGGAUUUCUCGCAGUUGCUUGCAGGCGCCGGCGGUGCCGGUGGUGCUGGCGGAGACUUUGACAUCAGCGCCUUGGCCAGCCAAUUGGGCCAGAACGCCGCGGCUGGCGACGACGAUGGUGACGACGAAGGCGACGAAGGUGUCGAGGAGACCAAGUGAUCCCGUGUUGUGUGAGUGUAAUAAAAGAGAAGAACGAGUAUCAACUUGUAGGGCCACCCGGCCGUGUCCACUUCGAGACGAGACCACGGAUCUCGGGGGCAACACGCGCCUCGCCGGUUUCGCCGGGCGCCGGGACGUUUAGAAACACGGCUUUCGGCGGGGUCUUCAGAGCACAGCUCCGGGCCAACAUGUACAACACACGGCUGACGGCCGCCGCGUCU